UUCUUCUGAUCAUCAUAUCUAAAUUAUCGUAAUUAUAUGCAGAGAACAAAGAACAAAAGGUAAAGGAAUCAUCCUUAAUCCGGUUGCCGUUUCUGUAUAUUCGUCUCUUGUUGUAUCUUCACAAUCCUAGUUAGCCAUCUACCGCAAACGCUAAUUAAAUCAAUAUGUCAGCCGCAGUAGCCGCUGCCGCCGCCGCCGCCAACGCCGCAAGAGUCUCAUCUAACCGCUCUUCUCAUCAGCGAAGUAAUCAGGUAGUGAACCAUCGGCGAAUUCCCUUUUACCCACCGUCGCCACAACCCGCACUGCUCGUCCCGGUUGUGGGCCGCUAUGAAUCUCUGAAGCGACGCGACUGGAACGCGUUCCAGCAAUAUCUGAAGAAUCAUCGUCCCCACUUGCGUCUCUCCCAGUGCAGUGGUGUAAAUGUGCUCGAAUUCUUGGAAGAUCGGUUCGGGAACACCAAAAUCCACACCCAAAAUUGUCCCCUAAACCGGCCUGAACCACCAUCGCCAUGCUCAUGCUCUUGCCCUCUGACAGAAGCAUGGAGCAGCUUGGAUGGUCUGGUAGGCCGGCUCCUUGUGGCUUUUGAAGAGAAUGGCGGCGGCCAAGCGGAGAUGAACCCUUUCGGUUCUCCUGUUGUGAGGCUGUACCUAAGGGGAGUGAAGGACGCUCAAGCUAGGGCUAGAGGAAUAGCUCAUAGCUCAUGAACAAAGAACAACUCAGGAACUGGUGAUAAUUAUAUGUAUUGAAAUCCCCAUUUCCUACAAGUUGGGUGGUCCUGGAGGCUUGAUGAAUGCAUUAUCUGUGAUGGACUCCAUAUAGGAUGCUGCCCACAGCCACUGGACUACUAAUGAGCAUGUGAUUUGCAGCUUUUUCAUUCUCUUCAUUAAUCCAAUUAAUGGAAGAAAAAUUACGACUAUUUUCAUUUUGUCACUUCAAAUUUGAUUUCAUCUUAAAGUUAAUCUUAUGUACUUUCAAGUUUUAAUUGCAGUUUUUUUUAGUGACAGACAAAAUAUUGAUGCA